AUGGCGUCAAUACAUGCUUCAACGACUACGACUGGAAGAACUAUCUUGCUAAUGAGGAAGAUGUCGAAGACCGGGAAGAGGGACACCCGCUCUCCAUGGCGGCGUCGCAUGGCCAAAUAUCCAUCGUCAAGCUACUGCUUGGAUACGGCAUCUCCCCACCAGCGGCUACGAGAAACGAACGGCUCUCCAUCUCGCAUCGGAGAAGGGCUAUCUCGAUGUUGUCCGAUCAAUACGCAGGACGGGCAUAGCAAAACGCCUCUCGCAUUUGCGGCGGAGACAGGCCAUCUAGAUAUCGUGCAGUUUUUACUCUCUCGUGGAGCAGAUCCUAACAUCACCACCCAUCACACGGAGGACAUCGCUCUGCAUGGCAUUUCGUUCAGACGGCCAGAAGCCCCUUUCCGAAUUAUCCCGCGCAGCGCAGGGAGGGCACGACGACAUCGUCGACUUCCUGCUCACCAGAUUCGACUACGUUCAAUCCUCCACCGAAGCCUACCAACAGACCGUUCUCCUCUGUGUCGCUGCACUAACGGCCGCACUACACUCCUCACCGACCUGCUGACAAAACACAACUACGACCCCAACCUGCGUCUCACCGACAAAAGCAUCUUCCUCCCUUGCCGACCUUACUACCCUAUCCCUGAAACAGCCCUUGCCCGGGCUGCAGAGCGCAACCAGCCUGUCGCAAUCGACAUCUUCCUCUCCCACGGGGCAACGAUCACCCCACCAACCGACAAUGACGACGAACCCCCUCUCAUUCGCGCCAUAAGAAAGGGCCACAAAGAAGCUGUCGCAACUCUCCUCGCCCACGGCGCAAACCCCCCCCGGGAAAAGCCCUCUGCAGGGCCAUUUCCAACCCGCCCAUCUUCUCCCUCCUCCUGCCCAACAAUAGACCUCUCCAAACCCAGUCUCCUCGUUCACACCCUCUCCUCCGGCAAUGUUGACACCCUUCAGAUCCUCCUCGACCGCCACAAGGGGUCCAGAGCUAGUCUCCGACCCAACAUCGACAGGAAACUUCCCCCGGCCACAGUCGACCCCGCUUUUCCGUCCCGCCCUGUGGGGCGGCGAGGGGCCCUCCGUCUCCUUGACCGGGGAUUGCACGGUGAGAUAUUGCUUAUGCCUCUACCACUGAAUAUGGGGUUUAAUAUCCGCGCGGGUGGUAAUGCGGGGAACCUGGUUUAUCGGGGCGCGACAGCCAAGGAAGAUACCGAGUUGGCGUAG